GCCCCACCACUACCAUUUUCUCCCAGAUCUCAAUCAAACCUCUCUCUCUCUCUCUCUGCCCAUCCCCCGCCCCGAUCUGAUCUCCAAUCGAUUUAUAUGGCCAUAUACAUUUCCAGAGUAGAAUAGAUACAUACGUAAUAUAUAUACGCCAAAGAAGAGAAGAAUUUAACGAAAUUAAAGAAAAUGGCGGGGGCAGCGUCGGCGCUGUUCCUACUAGACAUUAAAGGCCGGGUCCUUGUGUGGCGGGACUACCGUGGCGACGUCUCCGCCGCCCAAGCUGAACGCUGCUUCACCAAGCUCAUCGAAAAAGAGGGUGACCCACAGUCUCAAGAUCCUGUUGUUUAUGAUGAUGGUGUGACCUAUAUGUAUAUACAGCACAACAAUGUGUAUCUGAUGACCGCUUCACGGCAGAAUUGUAAUGCUGCCAGCCUUCUUCUGUUUCUACAUCGUGUAGUUGAUGUAUUUAAGCAUUAUUUUGAGGAGUUAGAAGAGGAAUCACUUAGAGAUAAUUUUGUUGUGGUGUAUGAGUUACUUGAUGAAAUAAUGGACUUUGGUUAUCCUCAAUAUACUGAAGCAAAGAUUCUCAGUGAGUUUAUAAAGACCGAUGCCUACAGAAUGGAAGUUACUCAGAGACCUCCCAUGGCAGUAACAAACGCAGUUUCUUGGCGCAGCGAAGGGAUAAGAUAUAAGAAGAAUGAGGUAUUUUUAGAUGUUGUGGAAAGUGUUAAUAUACUAGUUAACAGCAACGGACAAAUAGUUAGGUCAGAUGUUGUUGGGGCAUUAAAGAUGCGCACUUAUUUGAGUGGUAUGCCAGAGUGCAAGCUUGGACUGAAUGAUAGAGUAUUGCUGGAGGCGCAAGGAAGAGCUACCAAGGGAAAAGCUAUUGAUCUAGACGACAUAAAGUUCCAUCAGUGUGUGCGUUUGGCCCGAUUUGAAAAUGACCGGACCAUAUCCUUUAUACCGCCUGAUGGGUCGUUUGAUCUCAUGACAUACAGACUCAGCACUCAGGUCAAGCCUCUCAUAUGGGUAGAAGCUCAAGUUGAGCGACAUUCUAGAAGCCGUAUGGAAAUGACAGUAAAAGCUCGAAGCCAAUUUAAGGAGCGUAGCACUGCUACCAAUGUUGAGAUUGAGUUGCCUGUGCCAUCUGAUGCUACUAAUCCAAAUAUUCGGACAUCAAUGGGAUCGUCAACUUAUGCACCUGAAAAUGAUGCAUUGGUCUGGAAAAUAAAAUCUUUUCCAGGUGGUAAGGAAUACAUGUUGAGAGCUGAGUUUACUCUCCCUAGCAUAACAGCUGAAGAGCCAUUGCCUGAGAGAAAAGCUCCAAUUCGUGUCAAAUUUGAGAUUCCCUAUUUUACCGUCUCAGGAAUACAGGUUCGUUAUUUGAAGAUUAUUGAAAAAAGUGGCUACCAGGCUCUUCCAUGGGUAAGAUACAUUACAAUGGCUGGUGAAUAUGAACUAAGACUGAUAUGAAGCUGCUUCACAUGAUGGCACAAUGACUGAGGUGCCAAACCGGAGGUUUUUGUCCCUGUUCGAUGAUUGAAGUGUAUCUUCCGGGACCAUAGCGCAUCUGUCUUGGGCUUUUCUUCGAUUAUACUUGCUUCUUUUUUAGUCCCGGCCUCCAUUGAUUGAUCUAACUGCUGUCAUUUAGUUCUUAUAAAUAUGGAGGUCUAUUGUUGUGGUUUAAUUAUUCCUUAAAUUCAGAGUAUAAUACAGGUAUCAUGUUGAUCUUUCUAAGCUUUUUUCCUGUUGAUGGUGUUUUCUCAACAAAAAAAAAACCAUGAUAUUGUUCCAAA